AGCAGGGACUUCCUGUCCCACCCACAUUCCCGUGCUGCUUCCGGGUGGCGGCUCCAGCAAAAAAGAAUCGUCUUCUGUCUCGCUGUAAACAAAAGUUCCUGCCCGGUUCCCCUUCAGCCCGACGGUCCAGCUGGAGACAUGCAUAUCAAGACAGGUACAUGGGAAGCCACCAACACUGUGUGUGAGUCUGAUAGCCUGUGUGAUUCAGCAGUCCUCGUGUCGGCCACUAAAUCAGAACCCCACAUCCGCAAUCGCCGCUUGUCUCCCGGUUCAGGCAAUUGCGGAGGCGGUGGGGGUGGAGGCUGUGCCCCCGGAAGCACCCAGCCAUCCCGACAGCUCUCCCCCGAGGGCGACCCCGUCAGCCCCGGCCAGACGCACAGCCUCGGCGCCCGCAGGGACAAGGACCGCCGGGGCCACCAGUACAAGAGCCGCAGCCUCCGCAGGGAGAGCCAGAAGGGCGUCAGUCGAACUUCCGAGCGACCUCAGAACACUACUCAGAAGGAGAGGUGGGUGGAGGAUAGUUUCUCUCUGCUGAAGCCCCCACCUGCCUUCCCGGUGCAGGACAGCCCCGCCAAGCUGCAGCCGGCGGUCAGCUACGCUUCCAAGGUGAAGGCCGGGCCCGUGAGCGGAGCGCUGGAGGAGGAACGCCCCGCCAUCGGCGUGCUGCUACAGAACCAGUGGGGUCUGAGUUUUAUCAGCGAGGUGAAGUCCAUCACGGAGGGCUCCGGCACCUGCCCCGCCGCUGACACCCCCACGCCCGCAGACGCUCAACAUCCAGCAGACCUACAGCACGAUACAGUUCUCACAGUCCCCCUCCCCGAAGAAACAGCAGAGCCGGUUCCUCCCGCCUCCGUUCCCCCCAUCACACGUGCAGAGGUGGAGGGCAAUGGAGAGUUGCUGCUUAGUUGUCGCCAUCUAGUGGAGGCUUUGAAUUAUCACAGUAGAGAAUGGAAUAUUAUCUGCAACAGACGGAAGAAAGAUCCAAAGAGGAUUCUUUGGUACAAGGGCACCCAGGAUCACCCCGCCUAGCAGCGCCACUAACCCCGAGCAUCGACACAGACGCAACACACACCCACAUGCACAUUAAAGCAUAACAGUUGGGCAAAUUUGAGUCCUGUUCACACACUGCACUCAGGAUGAUGUUUUCACGGAAAGCCACACUGAGACACUUUGGACUAACUCCUUUGAGAUCCUACAGCAAUGGACUUUUUUAAUGCCUUACAGAAAGCCUGCCUUAAUUAAUCAGACUUGUUUUCAUCACUUCAUUACCAUUUUAGCUUGUAUGUGUAGAGCUGGUCUUUUUUCUUUUAAAACAAUCUGCAAGGAGUCUAAUUUAAUCUGUGUUCCCUUUUUUUGAAAGUUGCAUUUUUAUCCGACUUUGUCCUCUGUCAAGCGAGUGGUCAAUCAAGCACUUUCUUUAAAAAAAAAAAAAAAAAAAAAGUUUGACCAAUCUGUGUGCGAGAAACCCUCAGCAGUGUUUUUUUUUUCCUCCUUUUUUCCCCUAAAUCAAAACCAGAGGAAUGUGUUGUACCUGCUUAAGGUUUUUUUUCUGUAUGCAGGGGACUUCUGUAUCCAUGUCUUCAGUUUACAGAAGGGUGUAGUCAAAGGCACAGUAGAGUUCACCCUUUACCAUGACAGAUCUUAAUGCUGUUCCUGGGUUAUUGUUCGUUUUUUUUUUUUUAACCCUAAUAGGGAGAAUGUUAUUCAUAAAUCCAUAAGGGAUGUCCCCAUGUUCAGUAUGUUCCGUAUGAGUUUUCAAAAUGAUUUAUUGAAUUAAAAAAAAAAUACACUGGAGAAAAUGGAGAGAUGCAAGAACAGUAUUGCUUAAUAAAAAUGAAUAAACUUUGA